AUGUGCUACAAGUCCAACUAUGAGCCCUAUACCAGUCAAAGCCUUGACAUCAAAAGGGCAGAAGACCUCUCGUCAGAAGAGCUCCUCAACCCAUUGGGUUCCCUCUAUCCUCACGUCGUCGCCCUUCAACUCCAAUCCGACGAUACCCCAUGGAUCCGCGCCAAAAACUCCCCAGGCUAUCAAGACCCCAAUUCCGGGGCCGACAUAUACUCCACAGAGGAUUAUUCCAGACCCUCGGCGCGCAGAAACAGUGGUGAACAUAAGGCUAACAUGACUCAGACUCCACAGCCUACCGCUUCGUCUCGCGAAUCCGCCGAUUUCUCACCCGAGAUGAGAUGA